CUCGAAGGGUCUGGGGAAGGGGGCAAAGGCGCACUCAAAGGAUGAGGCUGUAAGGGGCAAAGCUGGGGGCAAAGGCUGGGCACGUCCAAACACCACUGGGAGACCUGGAGCACUUAGGCUGAGGCCUUGUACGUGUGGGAUCUCUAAAGUCAGGGGAGGCUCAGGGAGAAAGGUUUAGAAGAGCUUUAGAUUGGUAUAGAAAAGGGUUGCAUCUAGAUUGGUAUAGAAAAGGGCUUCAUCUAGAUUGCCAUAGAAAGGUUUAAAAGAUCUUUGGAUUAGUAUAGAAAAGGGCUUCAUCCAAAUCGGUAUAGAAAGGUUUAAAAGAUCUUUAGAUUGGUAUAGAAAAGGGGCUUCUUCUAGAUCAGUUUUUAUCCCACCUCUGUAGAAAAUUUGGAAUAAAAUAGACGUCCAGAAGUGAAUCUGGGUUUCAAAGGCAAAUAUCAAAGCCUUGGGGUGAGAAAUAGAGGGGAAAUUGGUAUGAAAAAGAAGGAUUACGUCUAGUUUGGUUUUAGUCAGCCCUGUGGAAGGUUUUGAAUGAAGCAGACAAAUCAAAAGUAGACCCUUUGAAGAUCUGAGGUGCAAAAGUGUUGUCGUGUUGGAGGGAUACCAAAAAGUUGAGGGCUGGUUUGUAGAAAUAGAGAGAAUCGGUACUGAAAAGUAGGGUUAUAUCCAGACUACCUUUUAUCUCGUAGUGAAAUAGAGAAUUGGUUCUAAAAAGUAGGGUUACAUCCAGUCCACCUGGCAGUGGCAGUGAAAUAGAGAAUUGGUACCAAAAAGUAGGGUUACAUCCAGUCAACUUUUAUCCAGCAGUAAAACUGAAUGGGAAUUGGUACUGAAAAGUAGGGUUACAUCCAGACUACCUUUUAUCCAAUAGUGAAACAGAGAAUUGGUUCUAAAAAGUAGGGUUACAUCCAGUCAGCUUUUAUCCAGCAGUAAAACUGAGUGAGAAUUGGUACUGAAAUUGGUAUCCAGCUGUGAAAUAGAGAAUUGGUAUCAAAAGUAGGGUUACAUCCAGUCCACUUUUAUCCAGCAGUGUAGAAUGUUUUGAACGAAACAAAAUAUCAGAAGUGAAAGGGCAUCAGGGAUAUUAGGAUAUCAAAACAACAGUGGGGUAAGAAGACUGCUAAGAGUGACGGGGAUUUGGGGUAACAUUUUGGGGGUGGAGAGGCUAGUCGGAUUAAAAUUAUAUAGCAUCAUCAAACGGUGUGGGACAUUUUGAAAGAAACAGAAGGCCAGAAGGAAAUGGGUGACAACAUGGAGGGGCAUGCUGAAAGUCAGUCUAGUAAUGAGGAAGAAGAGGAGACGAGGAACCAAGAGAAGCCAAUAGAUGAAAUGGGUAAGAAGGCAUCAAGGUUACUUACUGGGACAGAUGAGGAGUCGACCGGACCAGAACAGGACAUGUCUGAAGAUUUGGCAGAACCGAAUCAGGAGGCAGUUGAUGAUUUGGGGGAAGACGAAGAGAUUGAAAAAGAGGUGGCUUUAGAUGUGAUUGAAGAAGAAGCUGAAGAGAUGGCAGAACUUGAGAAAACCGAGGAGCAAGAAAAAACUGGGCCAUCAAGUGAACAAGAUCACGAUGAAACGAAUGUAAGCCCAGAUGAAAGGGAAGCUGAAGGUGACACUGGAGAGGAGAUGGAAGAGGAACUUGCACUUGUAGAAGAAGUGCCAGCUGGAGAAGAAGAUGAAUUGAUUCUUGAAGUAGAUGGAAAGGAGUCUAGGGAUUUGGCAGGAGUAGAGGAUGGGGAGGAAGAGGAACAUGCAGAUUCUGAGGAAGGGGAUCAAAAUGAAGAUGUUAUGUUAAUUGGAAUCGAGAAAGAAAUUCAGGAGAUUAUUGGUGAGGAGGAUUUGGUAAUGGAAAAGGCUAAAGAAGUGUCAGGAUCAGAACGUAGGGAUACAGAGGGAGAGAGCGGAGAGGAUGUGUCUGAAUCAGUAGAAAAUCAGGAAGAGGUUGAGAAGUUGUCAGGACUGGAACAAAGAGAAAACCUGGAAAAGACUGAAGAGGAACAGGAAAGGGCACCUGCAGUUGACCAGGAAAAAGCUGAGGAGGCACCUGGUACAGAUGAAAGGGAGCUGCCAGAUGUAACUGUUGGAGGAGAUGCUGCAUCAGCAGAGGUUCAGAGGGAGCAGGAAGAGUUGGUGGAGUUCAUCCAGGUAGAAACACAGGUGUUGACUGAAGAGGGAGUUGAGGAAUCAACCAUAGAUCAGAGACAGGAUCAAGUGUUGGUUGAAGCAGGCGAAGAGACACUUGAAGUGGAGAUUGGGAAAGAAGACCUGGCCUCUGGAAUGGAUCAGACCGAGAUUAUGUCAGAAGCAGAUCAGAGCAAGACAGAGAGCAAGACUGCAGAAGAGGAUAUAGUAUCUGCAGCAAAUCAGAGGGAGAUUGAAGGCUUGACAAGGGUAAGCCAAGGAGAGAUGGAGCAGUUAACGGGAAAUGAGGGUAUGUCACCAGCAGAUCAGUUGGAAGCUGAGGCAGUCUUAGAAAAGAGAGCUGUAGAUGAAGUUGAAGAGGCCGGGGUAAGUCAAGGAGAAGUGGAGGAAGAAAUUAAAAAGAAAGAUGUGGAUGAGGUGGAAGUCAUGGAGACACCUGGAACAGAAGAAAAGAAAGCAGAGGAUGUGGAUUUAGCUAUGGAACAAGACAAGGCAGAAGAGACAGAGGAUGAUGCAGGAGUGACAGUUAGUCAGGGGGGAGUGGAAGACUUGUUAAGAGCAAGCCAAGAAAAGCUGGACCAGGUAACAAUAAGAGAGGAUAUAAUUCCUGAAGUGGGUGAGAAGGAAGAUGGCACAGUACCAGAGGAGGAUACUGUAAUUCAGAGGGAGACUGAAGAUUUGAUAGGUGUAAGUCAGGGAGAGGUAGAGCAGGUAACUGGAAAUGAGGAUGUUACACCAGCAGUAGAUCAGGUGGAAGCUGAGGCAGCCCUAGAAGAUUUGAGGAAAGAGAAAGAUAUAGACAGGGCUGAAGAGGUCAGUGUAAGUCAAGCUGAAAUUGAUGAGAUUAAAAAAAUGGUUGAUGAGAUAGAAGCUGUGGAGGUGCCUGGAACAGACGAGAAGAAAGCAGAGGAUGUGGAUUUAGCCAUGGAUAAGGGCAAGACUGAAGAGGAUGUUGCCAUAGUUGUUGAACGUGAAGUUACUGUAGCGGGAGAUGUGGUAUUAGCAGUGGCUGAAGAGGAUUCAGGGACAACUGAUGUUGCAACUGAAAAAGUGGAUACAGUACCAGCAGUGGCACACACUGAAACACAGGAUACCAUGGAGCAAAAAAUUAUAUUGCCAGAAAGUCUGGAAGAAGCAGGAGAAAAAGCAGAACUGCCAAUGCAAGACGAGGUUCCCAUAAAAGACCUGGAGGGAAUACCUCUGCAAAGUGAUGAGGAGGGGACUAAAGAUAUGGAAUCAAGAGAGACUCAUGAAAAAGUUGAAGAGCUAGUAGCACCAGAAAAAAGAGACAGCAAAGAUCUGGAAGGAUUUGAUCAGGGGGAAGGCAAGCAGUUGGAAUCUUUGGAGGAAACUGGAAAAGAGCAAGUUGCACUAGCCAAGGAUUUGGGUGAGGCAGAGGUAUAUCAGGAUCAGAGAGCAGAGCCAGGUGUAGCUGAGAAGGUAUUAAGUAAAUCUCAACUGGAUGCUGUGGAAAGAAAAAUACCUUCUCAGGAAGAGGUGUUGGCUCGAAGGUCCACAUUUCCUGAGGAUUUAAUAAAAUCAACUCAGGAGAUAGCAGGAGUAGUGCCUGGGGACAUUACAUCCAGAUGGGAUCAGACAGCAGAGCCAAGUGUAGCUGAGAAGGUAUUGAGUAAGCCUCAGUUUGAUGCUGUGGAAAUAAAGAUACCUUCUCAGGAAAAAGUGUUGGCUCGGAGGUCCAAGUUUGGUGAGGAUUUAAUAAGACCAACUCAGGAGAUAGCAGGAGUAGUGUCUGGGGAGGUUACAUCCAGAUGGGAUUCAAAAAAGGCUAAGCUUAGUCAGGAAGAGGCUGCAUUACCUGCCAAAGUAGGCUGGAGGACACCUGACUUGUCAAGGCAAACACUCUCUGUGACAGAAAAAUCGGGUCGACCAGUUUCCUCAACAGUGUCAAUGCGUUCAUCACAGCCCACACCUGGAGGAAGUAAAGAACAGCGGCGUAUGAGAAAGGGGAAAAUAAUUACAGGAUUGGCAGGACUGCGCCAGGGGCCAAUUGUGUCAGUACAUCAUGGGGCAAUGAAGCCAACUGGAGGGCGAGGGGGAGUACUGGACCACCUGGCUCCAGGGUUGAUUAUUACCAGUUUAACUGCACAGGCUGAGCAAAGGGGGCUUAUAAAAGAGGAUCACAAGCAGCUAGAAAGGGGACCAUCAGCACAGAGGAGGCCAUCAGCACAGAGGGAGAUCCAGUCACCUGAUCCAGAACGCUACUGGACAAGAGGCAAAACGGGUGAAAGAGUGGUACUUAUGGGCUACAGAAUUGGACGAGAAGGGAUGUCCUGUUUCUCAAAGACAGAUAACAGGGCAGUAAUGUUUCAGGAAGAGUCUGAUUUAGAGGCAGCGGCAUUACAGCAAGGGCCUGGGUUAGAAAAGGCAGGGAAGCUGUCCAGUCAUGAGCAGCUAGAACAAGUCAAGGAAGAACAAGAUGUUAAGGAGCAGGAGGUUCGGGAAAUUAAUGUAACUGAUGAAAUAGGGCAAGGUCUAGAAGGGAUAGACUUGACAUGGCUUGGGAGACCAUUGUCCGGGGGUUAUGCAGCAUCAAGACCAACUUCUGGCUGGACUGCUGGUCUAGGGUCAGGACAUGGGCUCACUUUAAGAUCGUUGCGUGCAGAAAUAAAGGAACGAAUUGAUAUGAUGGUUGCAGGUCAGGGUGCAUCAAAGUCAGCAGGCCAGGGUGUAUCAAAGUCAGCAGGCCAAAGUCCUGAACCACCAAAAGUUGGAGUGGGAAGAAGGAUGAUUGGGCUUGCAGGCAAGCCAGAGAAUGUACAUUGGCUGAAGAAGGUUCUGGGAUCAGAUGGGACCGUGGAUCCCCUCUCCGUAGCAGGCCGUAGCUCAGACAUAAAACCCCAGAGCCCUACCUUGACAUCAGAACGACGGAGUCCUGGCCUGUUGACUGGGAGGCAGCAAUUAAAAGAUUGGCGGGAUGGUGUGAUGGGAAUUGCAAUUAAACGGUAUAAUGCAAUGAGGCGAGCUAUGUGGGGCGAAGGCCCAGUUGGCUUGCAUGUCAGAGGAGUAAAGAUAGAGAGUAUAGACAGUCUUCCUGGUAGUAGCAUCAAGACUGGUUCCAUUCUGGAACAAGUUGAACGGAAGGUGCGGAGGCUAGAGCAGCAUGUGACUGCUGAGAAUGUGCCAGCAUUGGAGGUAGAGGGGGUUAGCAGGAUCCAGAGAGAGCCAUAGAAUUUCACAAUAGCUCCGUAUAGUGUUGAUGUUAAAGGCGAGGGGUCAUAGAAUAA